GCGAAUCUUUUUUUAUCCCCGUCUUUUCGCCAUCCCGCUGAAACAACGGUUCUCGGCUUUGACUCAACUUCAUCGUACUUGGAACGAAUUCAGAUCCCUUAGUUCUCGAAGAUGAGUAGCUUGGUUGAGAGACUUCGGAUUAGAUCAGAACAAAAACCAGUUUAUAAUUUGGAUGAAUCAGAUGAUGAUGCCGAUUUUGCAUCUGGAAAAUCUGGUAAAACCGAGCAGAAGUUGGAAAGGAUAGUCAGAACUGAUGUGAAAGAAAACUCAUGCCAAGCCUGUGGAGAGAGUGAGGAUCUCUUGAGUUGCGCAACAUGUUCUUAUUCAUACCACCCAAAAUGUUUACUUCCUCCGUUAAAAGCUUCUCCGCUUCCUGACCACUGGAGAUGCCCCGAAUGUGUUGGCCCUCUGAGUGAGAUUGAAAAGAUAUUGGAUUGUGAAAUGCGUCCUACUGUGGCUGAUGAUAAUGAUGCUUCCAAGCUGGGUUCAAAGCAGAUAUUUGUAAAGCAGUAUCUCGUGAAGUGGAAAGGAUUAUCAUAUUUGCAUUGUACUUGGGUACCUGAGAAAGAAUUCUUAAAAGCUUUCAAGUCCAAUCCUCGUUUAAGGACUAAGGUGAACAAUUUCCAUCGACAAAUGGCAUCAACCAAUAGCUCUGAGGAUGACUUUGUCGCCAUUAGACCUGAAUGGACUACAGUUGAUCGUAUUCUUGCUCGCAGGGGAGAUGAUGAUGGUGAGAAGGAGUACCUUGUGAAGUAUAAAGAACUUCCCUAUGAUGAGUGUUAUUGGGAGUUUGAACCAGACAUAUCUGCAUUUCAACCUGAAAUCGAAAGAUAUAAUAAAAUACAAUCUAGAUCUCGUAAAUCUUAUGGUAGUAAGCAAAAAAGCAGCCUUCAAGAUGCUGUUGAGUCCAAGAAGAAGUUAAAGGAAUUUCAACAAUAUGAAUAUAGUCCUGAAUUUCUUUCUGGAGGCUCGCUGCACCCUUACCAACUUGAAGGGUUGAACUUCUUGCGUUUUUCUUGGUCCAAACAAACACAUGUAAUUCUUGCUGAUGAGAUGGGUCUUGGUAAAACCAUCCAGAGCAUUGCAUUUUUAACUUCACUUUUUGAAGAGAAUGUUGGUCCUCAUUUGGUAGUUGCACCUCUUUCAACAUUACGGAACUGGGAAAGGGAGUUUGCUACAUGGGCUCCCCAAAUGAAUGUUAUUAUGUAUGUUGGCUCUUCCCAAGCUCGUGCAAUUAUAAGGCAAUAUGAAUUUUACCAUCCCAAAAGUCAUAAGAAGAUCAAGAAAAAGAAAUAUGGUCAAAUUAUUAGUGAAAGCAAGCAAGAUAGAAUAAAAUUUGAUGUCCUGUUAACAUCAUAUGAAAUGAUUAACUUGGACACAGCGUCAUUGAAGCCAAUAAAGUGGGAGUGCAUGAUUGUUGAUGAAGGUCAUCGGCUCAAGAAUAAGGAUUCAAAGUUGUUUCUUUCGCUGAAGCAGUAUACCACGUACCACCGCACUCUUUUGACUGGAACUCCUCUUCAGAACAAUCUUGAUGAACUUUUCAUGCUAAUGCAUUUCCUUGAUGCUGGAAAGUUUGGAAGUUUAGAGGAGUUCCAGGAGGAAUUUAAGGAUAUCAAUCAGGAAGAGCAGAUUUCAAGACUUCAUAAAAUGUUGGCCCCACAUCUCCUUAGAAGGGUAAAGAAGGAUGUCAUGAAGGAUCUUCCACCCAAGAAGGAACUUAUUUUGCGCGUUGAUUUAAGUAGCAAGCAGAAAGAAUAUUACAAGGCGAUUUUAACUCGUAACUAUCAAAUACUUACCCGACGUGGUGGUGCACAAAUAUCUAAUCAAUGUGGUAUGGAGUUGCGAAAACUAUGCUGUCAUCCUUAUAUGUUGGAAGGGGUUGAACCAGAUAUCGAAGAUGCAAAUGAAGCUUACAAACAGCUCCUAGAAUCUUCUGGGAAAUUGCAACUGUUGGACAAGAUGAUGGUAAAGCUUAAAGAACAGGGACAUAGAGUUCUGAUAUAUUCACAGUUCCAGCACAUGUUGGACUUACUAGAGGAUUACUGCACUUUCAAGAACUGGCAAUAUGAACGUAUAGAUGGAAAGGUUGGGGGAGCUGAAAGGCAAAUACGGAUAGACCGGUUUAAUGCCAAAAAUUCAUCCCGGUUUUGUUUUUUGCUUUCCACUAGAGCUGGCGGCUUGGGUAUAAAUCUUGCAACUGCCGAUACAGUUAUCAUAUAUGAUAGUGAUUGGAAUCCCCAUGCUGAUUUACAAGCAAUGGCUAGAGCUCAUCGACUUGGACAAACAAACAAGGUGAUGAUUUAUCGACUCGUUACAAGAGGAUCUAUAGAAGAAAGGAUGAUGCAGAUGACUAAGAAGAAAAUGGUUUUGGAGCAUCUUGUUGUUGGGAGGCUAAAAGCUCAAAAUAUUAAUCAGGAGGAGUUGGAUGAUAUCAUCCGGUAUGGUUCAAAGGAACUAUUUACUGAUGAGAAUGAUGAAGCAGGAAAGUCACGUCAAAUUCAUUAUGAUGAUGCUGCUAUUGAUAGAUUGUUAGAUCGUGAACAAGCUGGCGAUGAAGAGGCUUCAGGGGAUGAUGAAGAGGAUGAUGGAUUUUUGAAGGCCUUCAAGGUGGCUAAUUUUGAAUAUAUUGAGGAAACAGAAACUGUUGCCGAGGAAGAAACUCAAAAUGUGGCCGUUGAAAGUAAAAAUACCAUGAAGAAUUCUGAAAGAACAAGUUAUUGGGAAGAGUUGUUACGAGACAGAUAUGAAGUUCAUAAAGUUGAGGAGUUUAAUGCUCUGGGAAAAGGAAAGAGAAGUCGUAAGCAGAUGGUUUCUGUUGAAGAAGAUGACCUUGCUGGUUUGGAAGAUGUAAGUUUUGAUGGUGAGGACUUUGAAGCUGAACUUACUGAAGGUGAUACUGUAUCCGGAAAUCAAUCUGGGAGGAAGCCUUACAGGAAAAGAGUCCGUGUGGAUAAUUCGGAGCCACUUCCUCUAAUGGAAGGUGAAGGAAAAUCAUUCAGGGUUCUCGGUUUCAAUCAGAGUCAGAGGGCUGCAUUUGUACAGAUAUUGAUGAGGUUUGGGGUCGGGAAUUUUGACUGGAAGGAGUUUGUAUCUCGCUUAAAACAGAAGACUUAUGACGAAAUAAAAGAUUAUGGUACUCUUUUCCUGACACAUAUCUCUGAAGAUAUAACAGAUUCUCCUACAUUUUCCGAUGGUGUUCCAAAAGAAGGUCUCAGAAUUCAAGAUGUUUUAGUUAGGAUAGCUAUCCUGCUUUUAAUAAGUAAGAAGGAGAAGGAUGCAUCAGAAAAGCCUGACACCCGCCUUUUCACCGAAGAUAUUGUAAUGCGUUACCCAACAUUAAAGGGUGGAAAAUUUUGGAAAGAGGAGCAUGAUUUGUUGUUACUGCAUGCUGUUUUGAAGCAUGGGUAUGGAAGAUGGCAGGCUAUCGUUGAUGAUAACUUGAGGAUUCAAGAGGUCAUCUGUCAAGAGUUGAAUCUGCCCAUUAUAAAUCUUCCUGUUGCAGGUCAAGCUGGUUCUCAAGUUCAAAAUGGUUCUAAUACAACCAAUGCAGAACCAACAGGCAACCAGACUCAGGGGAAUGGCUCUGGGAAUGGUGUAGGAGGUGAGGUAGCCCAGGGAGUUGAUGCUGCAAACCAAGCACAAAUAUACCAUGAUUCUUCCAUUUUGUAUCAUUAUAGAGAUAUGCAGAGAAGGCAGGUUGAAUAUGUCAAAAAAGGGUGCUUUAUGGAAAAGGGCCUCAAUGCAGAGUAUCAGAAAGAAUAUUAUAUGAUACUUGAGGACUUACUGUUUGCUCUUAUCCUUACAUUUUCUCUUAGGUUACCGCCAAUAGAAGUAAUCGCAUCAGAAGAAAUCUCGGCAGCUGCUUGCAAUCAUGAUACAGAUCAAUUGGAACUGCCUCUGCACUACAAUAAGAUAUGCAAGAUCUUGGAGGAAAAUGUUCACAUUGGAGUUCAGUCGAGCCUCAAUUUGAAGAAGAACCUCCAUUCAUUGGAAGAAAUUAUCGUGGACGUAUCUCGGAUUCUUUCACCUGCAGAGCAGCCUGUGCACGAUGCAGGAUCACAUAACUCUGCUGCAGUAGGGUCCAUUUCACCACCUAACCAACAGCCUGCUGUUGUGACUGAAAUCGAGAUGGAGGAUGUAAGAAUCUGAACAGGAGAAACCGGCUA